AUGAAUUUGCGCCGAAGUAAACGCCGAAGGGCGUGCGCUGGCAGAACCGAAGAUGACGACGAUGCUGAACCAGAAAAACCGCAGAAGAAGAUGAAGCGAAUGAAGGUCAAAGGCCGGCUUGCAGGACUUGUGAUGCUUCCGAUUGACGUUAUGGCGGAGAUUUUUUCGCAUUUGGAGCCGUUGGACAUUCUGUACCUCUCUUGGACAUCCAAAGACUUCAACUCGCUACUCAUGAGUCGCUCCUCCGUGUUCAUAUGGAAGUCCGCCUUCGCCAACGUCCCGGACAUGCCUGGUCUACCUCCGGAUAUGAAUGAGGCUCAAUAUGCUCGUCUUGCCUUCGCGCCACUAUGCUCGUUCUGCAACCGUCCCAAUAUACGCAAGAUUGAUUGGCGAUUGCGAUGCCGUACAUGCGCCUCUUGUAAUGACGAAAUACGCAUUAUCCCGACCAAGAAUGCAAUACCAGUACCUCGUCGCACAACGGUCGUGCAUUGUGCGGGUCAUUCGUACUAUCAAUGCCUCAAAUCCGAUCACGACGAUUUUCAGAAGGAGCGCACGAAACGCCUCCCAGACAUGGUGGGGCUCGUCAGAUGGGAGCGGGAACAAAAGGAACGGCUGCAGCGUAUCGAGGAGCAUGCCGUUAUCUGCGAGAAAUGGUCGGACCUUCGGGCGACUGUUCGUGCGACAGAACUUGCUGCGAUCCGUCAGCAGAGGUAUACAGAGUGGGUCCGGGAUAUCGUCAUUGGUGCCAAGACGCUUACCGUGCACCGUAGAAUUAUGGAAAGAUUGACGAAGAUGGGUUGGGGAGAAGAAAUCGCGGAUCCUGAAACAGUCUACCUCCUGCGCGAAGAGACGUUGGUGAAGCAAAGGAAAGCACUGACGGAGAGAGAAUGGGCCAAAAUCUCCGACCUCCUGAUCAAGCGGAUGGAACAGUUAAGGGAAAUUCGCCUGAAUCGAGAGCAAAGACGCAAAAGCUAUUCGAGCCUUUGUUACAACGCGGGAGCCAUUUGA